AUGUCCACGUACUCCUACUUUCCACACUUGCCGACCAGAGAGAUUCAUCGAAUACCACCACAACAGCAUGAAUUUGACGGACUGUCGCUCACUCCCAAGUAUCUGUCUCGAGAGCGUACAGCACUACCUCCGCUCAACGUUCUGCCGUCGCGCGUGCACGCUACUUUUAGUUAUGCGCAAUCGCGAUUUCCGGCAAUGAUGUCUCCUGCGGCGAUGCCCUUAGCUUCUUGUACUCAUUCUCCGGCAAAGAAACGUGUUCGUGCGGUGGUUAAUGCCUCCAAAUCUAUUACUUUAGAGAUGCUGCGUCCACACUUCGAAAAACCGCUGGCUGAGGUGGCAAACACCUUUGGCAUCUGUAUGACACUAAUGAAGAAGAUCUGCCGCAAAAAUGGGGUUCCACGUUGGCCACAUCGACAGAUUCGCGGACUGCGCAAAAGCAUCUGGUCUAUCAAAAAGGCUCUGCGCUGUUGUGAGUCCGAAUUCCAGCGUCGUUCGUACAACGAUCACCUGCUCAAGCAGCAAUCAAAGCUGAAAACGAUUCUCAGAGGACCUGCAAGUCCAAGCAGCAAAGCAGCUUUUGAGCUAAUGCUGUCAGAACCGUGCUCACCCAUUAAUGAGGUUGAGAAUGUCAACGUUGACGAAAAAAUUGAGAUCUUAGAAGUUCCAGCUGUGAGUCCGGCAACUCAGUUUCACGUGCCAGGAUUACAAAUUUCUCAAAAGCAGAUAAACAGCGCAUUGCCCAAGUUGCCAUCAAUAGCUUCGCUGCUAAUGAAGAAUGAGAUGCGAUGUCGAAAUUAUAGCUACUGA